AUGAUCCUCCAUAAGGUAGACGACGCGCUGAUGUGCAAGGUAUUUGUAAUGACCUUGCGAGGAGCAGCCCAAGAUUGGUUCCACACCCUACGAUCCGGGUCGAUCAGUAGCUUUAAGGAGCUGGCUUACGUCUUCACCAAAGAAUACACCUCUUACCGAACAAUCAAGAAGAACCCUGACCACCUGUAUAACCUGCGUAAGAAGUCUGUCGAAUCCAUUCGAGAUUACAUCAAGAGAUUCAAAGCAGAAAAGGCCAACAUUGUAGGAUACGACGACCAAAUCGCGUCAUCUGCUUUCAAGAAAGGCCUUCUAGCUGAACACGACUUGUAUCGCGAGCUAACUAUCACUCCCAACUAG